GCGCGGCUGCAGGACGGCGUCGCGACGCUCAAUGCUCUGGGCGGGCGCGGCGAGGUGUGGGGCCCCAAAGUGUUGCCUCGUGCCAUUCAGCGCCAGGCUGUGGCCAGCCUGGCCAGGGCCUACUACUCCGUGCCGCCUCCGCCCGACGACCUCACUACUUCGGGGGCGUGGUCUGCGCUUCUGGGCUGCGGAUCCGGCUGCGCCUGUGAUGGCGUCGUCGCCGGAGAGUUCGCUACCUACCAGCGUGGCAGGCUUGCCCUACCGGCGGUCGGCAACCAGGCGAUCGACCUCGUCGACUGCCUGCCCGACCACUACCAGAAGUUGCCAGAGGCGGACGAGGGGGACAUCGCGAUGGAUCCUAUCCUGUCGAGGUCGCCUAGCAAGUCCGCCAAGUUUUGGAACAGCGCUUAUGAAUCUGGUGUCGUCGAGCCGGCGGCCGAGGUUCGCAAUUUUGUGGGGGGUAUCUUUGCUCGCAAGAAGGGCGGCUCGCUGCGGAUCAUCUUCGACCCUCGGAAGACUAACGCGCAGUUCGUGCCGCCCGACGGUGUCGCCCUGGCCUCGCCCGAGGCCCUCGGCGAUCUGGAGCUGCCAGUUGGUGCCAAGCUGGUGCACUUCCAGGUUCGCGUGGUGCCGAUGGGCUGGGGCUGGGCGGCGGCGCUCGUGCAGGCGGCGAACGCGGAGCUGCUGCGGUCAGGGCCGUUGGGCCCUCGACGCUGGCUCUGCAACCGCCGCUGCGCGCCCGCCGUCGCCGGGCGCGAGCCCGCGGCUCUCCUGUGCAUCGACAACUUCGCCUCGUUGGGGGCCGCGAAGGAGGCUGUCCAGGUCGACGUGGACCCCCUGGGCUUCCACGUCGACUGGGGGAAGGGCGCGAUCCGCAUCGCGCCCAGGCUGAUCGGGCACCUGACGUUCGUCCUCUUGCUGCGGCGCGAGAUGCUCAUUCUGCUCAGCGCCUCGUACCUCUUCAUCAGCAAGUGCUACGCUCGCCGAGUGCGGCUCUGGCCAUCAAUGCGUCGGGAGCUGUCCUGGAUGCGUGCGCUGCUGCCGCUGGUGUGGGCCGAUCUGCGAGGUACCUGGGCGCCUAGCGUCAUGGCCGUGGUGGGCCGCGUCGGGCGCGUGCGAGAGAGCUGGCGGUUCAAGGGGCGCGAGCUGGUGGCCGAGGGUUCGAGAGCUCGCGCCCUGCGGGAGGGCGCAGUGGGCGACUCCGCCUUUCCCGACGUGCCCGCCGCUUUCUGCCAGUCAUCUCUGUGGAAGACCGUGGCUUCGAGGCGCUGGCGGCACAAG